AUGGCGCCGCAGAAGGAAACCCUGAUCAAGUUCACCUCGAGGCGUUACAAGAGUGAAGGCGUCUCCGACGAAGAGUUUCAUGCCUUCGCGACCCGUGAUCACGCCCCAAAAGCCGCCCCAAUUCAAGCUCGUCACGGAUUUCUGGGCGUGCGGCAGUCUUUCAAGCCUGCUGCGCUUCGCGCACUCCUUACGGAAGGACCUUUCGGAACUGCUAGGCCACAACAUUGGACCGUUGACGACCACGACUUCGAAGUGGUCUUCUAUGUUCGAUCGAUGGAGCAGCUGGGAGCCUUGCUUGCCGAUCCAGACUUCCAGAAAUUGAUGGGGGAUGAGGCAGAUAUGUGCGAUCCAGGACGGGCAGAGCUAUCCAUUGGAUGGGAAGAGAUGUUCGUUGAGGAUGGAAAGGUGGUCAAUGUGGAGGAUGGAACGAGUGCGUAUCAGCCCUGGGCUGACAGCGUCGAGAAACUUACAGGGAAGAAGCCUGGCCAGUGA